GACUCUCUUUGAUGAGGGCCAGGCCACUGUUCCUAAACUGGCAGAAAAACUCACUCUUGAACUGGUGCAUCAUAUUCAGAAAUCUCUGCCACGGCUUGAUGAGCAGACACAGAAGAAACUGGAACAGACUCAGGAAAACCUAAAAAAAUUAAGGACUGGACCCCCAUCUGAUGCAACUAAGAGACAAAAGUUUCUCAGUGAUCUUGUGUUAGCAUUCACACAGGAUGCUAUCAGUCUGACCAAAGGUGAAGAAUUAAAAUGUGGAUACAACUCCAGCAUCUUUUUCACACUCAGAAAUAAGUUUGAAGCAUGGGAGAAAAUCAUAAAAGACUCUGGAUCAUCAUUCAAAGAGCACAUUCUGAGAGAAGAGUCUCAGUUUGAGCGCACGUACCGUGGAAGAGAACUGCCAUUGUUUGUGAGCUACAGUACUUUUGAGUCCAUAAUCCAGAAGCAGAUCAAACAGCUGGAGGAGCCUGCUAUCCAGAAACUCAAGGAAGUGUCAGAGGUUGUGAGGCAAGAGCUGUUUGAACUGGCACAAAACAGCUUUGUGGGCUUUCCAAACCUCAUCAAUACUGCGAAGAUGAACAUUGAAACCAUCAGGAAUGAAAGGGAAGAGGAA